AUGAAUGUUCCGGCGUACAGAGUUGGCAGUGAAGCGGCUAUGCACCCAAAACCGAUACAAGGAAGACCAUUCAUGUCCAUUCCGGGACCUCGGCCCAGUAUGGCAAGAAGUAACAGCCAUGGGUCGGGUUGGGCACCCAAGAAAGGCGAGAAGGAGGAUGACAGACGAGGUGCCGACAAACAAGAGGCACGAGUUGAGCGGGUUGAGCAU